GCAGGAUCAGGCCAAUGGCCCUUCUAGUCCAAUAUCACAGUGGCCCAGAUGCCCAUGGGAAACCCGCAAGCACAAGAACACUCUUCCUUCUGUUAUUCAGAAGCAUUACUACUGUCUCCGACCAGCCACUGUGACUACUGAGGCUGGGCGAUAAUCUGGAUUUCAACAUCUGUGAUAUAUCUCCAGCUAAACAUCAUGAGAUAUCAUGAUGUCUGAAAUAAGGAUGGAGCUGGUUUUCAACUCUUGUAAUGUGUCACCAGCUAAGCAUCUGUGAUUCAUCACCUGCUCAACAUUGUGAUAUACUUACUGACAUAUUGCAGUGUCUGAAAUAAGGAUGGAGCUAUGUAGAGGAUGGAGCUAUGUUGGGACGCGGGUGGUGCUGUGGGUUAAACCACAGAGCCUAGGGCUUGCCGAUCAGAAAGUUGGCAGUUCGAAUCCCCGCAACGGGGUGAGCUCCCGUUGCUCGGUCCCAGCUCCUGCCAACCUAGCAGUUCAAAAGCACAUCAAAGUGCAAGUAGAUAAAUAGGUACCGCUCCGGUGGGAAGGUAAACGGCAUUUCCGUGCGCUGCUCUGGUUCGCCAGAAGCGGCUUAGUCAUGCUGGCCACAUGACCCGGAAGCUGUACGGCGGCUCCCUCGGCUAGUAAAGCGAGAUGAGCGCCUCAACCCCAGAGUCGUCCGCGACUGGACCUAAUGGUCAGGGGUCCCUUUACCUAUGUAGAGGCAUUGGCUGGCUUCACGGUUUUCCCCACAUUGUGGUUUUUGCAUAGUGCGUGCACACACAUGCACACACACAAACACCAUGAUCUUCAAUACAUUGCCAGGCCAAAAAUUAUGAAACCAAUAUGAUGAGAUGGACUUGAAACCGGUUUUGGAUGAUAUAUUGCCCGGCCCUAACACACAUCAUGAUUAAGAUCAGAAGAACUUUGCUGGCGAUCAGACCAAAGGCCCUUCAACACCAGCAUCCUGUUCUUGCCUUUGACCAACCAGGUGCCUCGAAGAAGCCAACAAGUGGGACACGGGUGCAAGAGCACUCCUAACUACUGUUUCUUGGCAGCUCUUAAGAGCGCUCUUGACUUUUGUUUGCUUCUGGGAGAUGUGGGAAUGUGUUGUGCUCCAGAGAGUACAGUGGUACCUUGGUUCUCGAACUCGAUCCGUUCUGGAACUCCGUUCGAAUUCCAAAACAUUCGAAAGCCAAUUGGCUGAUUGACCCCGGAAACAAAUGCAGACAGCCGAAACACAUGUUCAGCUUCUAAAAAACGUUAGCAAACCGGAACACUUACACUUUGUGGCGUUCGGGAGCCGAUUUGUUCGAAAACUAAGCCAUUCAGGAACCAAGGUACCUCUGUAUCUUCAGUCCAAAGCAUAGCUGCCAAGUACCCCGUUUUGCCCGGGAAACCCCCGUAUUUUCUUACCGUUUCCCGCUGGUCUCCCGAAUGGAUUUAUCUCCUGUAAAUCCCCCGGAAAGCAGCUCCUGCCGGCAGCCAUGUUUCUGGUGCUGCUCUGCCCAUUUCCAAAAUGGCCGUGGCGCCCGAAGUCGCUUCAACGCAUGUCCGGAAGUGUGUAGAAGUGACUUCCAGUGCCGCUCUACCCAUUUCCAUGUUGGAAAUGGGCAGAGAGGUGCUGGAAGUCGCUUCUACGCAUGUCCGGAAGUCGCGUAGAAGUGACUUCCCGUGCCGCACCGCUGCUGGUCCCGGAUUUUUCAAUCCGGAACUUGGCAGCUAUGGUCCAAAGAGCCUCUCACCAAAAUGCUCACCAUUGAGGGCAGGGCUGCACAGUCCAACCAAGCCCAUAGAAUCAGUCUAGGCCUAAAUUUGUUCCAGGGGGCAAGGUCAGUCAGUCACCCACAGUCGAUCUCGCAAAGGGUUUAGCGAGCAAGGAGAGGACACCAAGACGUGCACGCUAAAGAAGAAGGAAGCGGAAGCCUCUUAUGUUCCCAGCCACUGAAACACUCAAUAGGGACAGCUCAGCCACAUUCACACCAUACCGCUUAAAAAGUCAUGGCUUCCUCCAAAUAAAUCUGGGAGCUGUGGUUUAUUGAGGGUGCUGAGAGUUGUUAAGAGACCUCCUUCUAGUCCCAGAGCUACAAUUCCCAGAGUUCCCUGGGGAGAAGGAUCAAUUAUUAAGCCACUCUGCAUAUAGUAGCUCUGUUGGGGAGUAGGGGGUCUCCUAACAACUCUCAGCACCUUCGCUAAACCACAGGUCCCAGAAUUCUUUGUGGGAAGCCAUGACAGUUUAGAGUGGUAGUAUAAUGCUUUAAAUGUUGUUGUUUGUAUGCCACCCAUCUCCCAACCCAUUCUGGGCGGCUCCCAACAGAGUGAAAAUCACGAUCAAACAUCAAACAACAAAAACGUUCUGAAACAGGCCUGCCUUCAGAUGUCUUGCUCAGGGGUCGCAUAAAUAUGUGAAUGAGACCAAAACAGAUAGAUAGAUCCACCCAUUCUAGAGAGUGCACACUUUUUUAAACACACACACACACAGAGAGAGAGAGAGAGAGAGAGAGAGAGAGAGGAGGCGCUACCAUUCAAUAAAUUCCCAGGGAAUGAAAGUCGCGUUAAGAUUAGACUUUUGUGAUAUGGUGACGGGGAACUGAAAAGGAUGGGAUAAUGCUAGCUUUGUUGCAGCGUAAUUAUUAUUUCAAUUUACUACAGUGGUACCUCGGUUUGCAACCACAAUCCGUUCCAUGGAGGCGUUCGCUUGCCGAGGCGUUCGCUCACCGAUGGCACGAUUCUGUGCGUGCACGAAGCGCUGAUAGAGCGCUUCUGCGCAUGUGCGAGCUGCACAGAUCGCUUCUGCGCAUCCGAUGCCACGGAACCCGGAUGUAAACACUUCCGGGUCCGCGGCAUUCGCUUGCCAAAGCGUUCGUAAACGGAGGUAGUCGUAAACCAAGGUUCCACUGUAGUCGCUUUUUUCUUGCCACGGCAACUCACAGUGACUUCCAAAAAACACACAAAGCAAACAAGCAAAAACCCCACUUACAUUAAAAUCGAGACGAUAAUAACAUAACAGCAUCUAACCUCCCUGCAAACAAAUUGGAAAGAAUGCUGAUUUGCCCAAUGUCAUCUAAUCGCCCUGCAAAGAAGAAGCGUCAAUAAGCAGGUUGUCUGGAAUAUGCAUAUAUAAAUCACCAUGAGGGUCUUUUGCCUUUUUAAAAAAAAUAAUAUUUCCAGAUUCUUAGAGAAUCUGGCUUUAAGACCCAGGAGAAACUUUUGCACAUGGAACUGAAAGGAGGGGAAUAACUUUUUUGAAGGGGGGGGGAUGUCCAGCCAAUCCCCUUGUGUGCAUUGGGGAACAACACCCAUCUGAUGUUGUUUCUUGUAUAAAAGGCCAUCACCGGUUUGAAGCCCAGUUGAGCGGUGACAGCUUUUGCUGCCACCCGCCCAUGAAAGGGGGAAAGGCAAAGAGGCUUCUCUUCAAGCAGCAAAAAUCUCUCCAGCGACCCACAUGCCAAUGCUCAGUCACUGAGCACCGCUUGCCAACACCGCCGCAUCUCUUAAAUAAGAGGCGUCUUUCCUUCCUCUCGCACGCCGCCGGCCGGGUAGAUGUUGAAGUUCGAGGCUUCCACCCAGUCGCUUCCGUUGUGGGACAUAAUGCCACUUUAAUCCUUUGCCUGGGGAGCCCAUUCCCUCUCUGGAGGGCCUGGCUUUGGAGAGGGAGAGAGUGUGAAAGAGAGAGAGAAACUGGGCAAAACCUCUGGAGAGCUGUUGAAGGCCGUCCAGUGUGACUUGUGGUGACGAAAGGUCAUCCACACUCGGUGAUUCCUAGCAGCCGGUUUUGUAGGGGAGGCAAGCCAAAGCUGCAGUCAUGAGGGAACCGGGAACCGGUGUGGGAUACCAGCUAGCCUUCUGCGUGUGGUUUCUGGUGCACGGCCUCGCCGAGGGUGGAUGCGGCGACCGAGAGGCCCACAAAUGCUGCCCGGGCCGGAAUAACGAUUGCUCCGAUUUCUCUCCGAGGAGAACGCCGUGUUACUGUGAUACCUACUGCGAGAAAACCGGGGAUUGCUGUGAAGAUUAUCACUCCGUCUGCCAGAUCUCGGCAGCUGUGGACUGUGUGGUCGGUCCUUGGGGUCCCUGGAGCGAAUGCAAUGCUCUUUGCGGUACGGGCAGCAAAGACCGGACUCGCCAGGUCACCGUGCCACCUCGGAACGGAGGAACCCCCUGCCCAGACCUAAAGCAGAGGCGGGGGUGCCUUGGGGAGAGCUCGGCCUGCGAUUCAGCAAAAGAGGUGGCUAAGAUCCUGCCCGAUUCUUUUAAAAGGGAUUUUAAGGACCCCUGGAGAAGACCUCACAUGUUAACGAGGGAGAAGCUGCCAAGUUACUGCAUCUACUUCCGCCUGACGCAGGUGAGCCCUGCUUGCCGCCUGCAUUUCUGGAGCAGGCCGCUGGCGAGAGAGCGUCGUGUCUGCGUGGAAUGCCAAGGGAAUGCUGUGGGCAGCAAGAAACGGUGCCAAGGAGACGGUCUGCAGGGAGCCAGAACAUUCUGGACUGCGGCGUCCAUCGCUGGCUGCCAAGGAUCCUGGGUGCAGGAAUCUCUACAGGAGAAAUGUUUGUGCCCUCAACUCUCCUUUAUCUUCAUAUGACAUCAUGUCGAGCUGAGUGGCAAUCUCAAGAAGACCGAACGCAGCUGUUUUGGGGUGUUUUGGUAAAGAAGAGAGCUGAAGGAAUCAAUGGCAAUCCUCAAACUACAUUUUUCCAAUCAUCAUGCACCAACACUCAUUGUUUCCACUUGUUUUAUACUGGACACCCGACCGUGUAUUGUUUCCAAGCACAAGAACGUCUGAUUCAAUCUCUCUUUGUUUAAAAAAGAAAAGAAGAACUGCAUAUAUACCGAUAUAUAUAUACAUACAUACAUUAUAUACCUCUGAAAAAGGUAUACUACCUCCACCAUUGCAGCUAAAAUGGAAGAUGGCGUAUUUUCUCUGCUUUCCACAGUGACUCCCAGCUUUAUUUAAGACAGGGAACUCCCCCCCCCCAGAGCCCAAGAAACAUAUUCCCUUCUGGGCAAUGUUCCAGGGGUCAAAUCUCCAUUGGGGGAGGAGCCAGAGUCAAAAUCGGGCAGAGCAAUGAAUGUCAAUUUUAUAUUUGCGCAUUGUGGGAAUGUUGUGGAUACUAGGAGAGGAUAUAGUGAUUUGAUAAUAUCCUUCCUAACUCACGCUUGUGAGCCAGCAGCAGAGUGACAUUCCCCAAUACAUAGCAGGAAGCUAGUUGGUAGAUUCGUUUGAAUCUCUUUACUUAAGCAAUCCAUUCUGGCUUUGCCCAGAUUGGGUUCUGUUCCUGGCAAGUCCCCUUUUAACCCCCCUGAAAAGAAUAAAGACACAACAAUCUUCUAUUAAAAGUAAUAAGAUGUUUACUCACUUUUAGUUCACAGUUGGAUCCCUGAAGGCUGGCUUUAGCUUAGAGUUACAUGCUAUUGAGAAAUGCACCCCAUCGAGUUAAACAAGGCUUACUUUCAGGGAAGGGAUGUCCGAGAAUUCGGACAGCAAUGAAAACGGGAGAUUGCUACUGUUUGUCUCAUAUUUGCACUGUGUUUCCUCGGCACUGAAACGAAUGGAGUGGUAUCACGUAAUAGCAAUGUAAAUUUACGUAAUUAACUUCGCAAAUUACACGAGGCGUGUGAUUUUGCCACAGUGGACAGUGAGACAAAUAACGUCGUUUUUUUGGCAGAAAGUGAACUGCAGCAAAACAAGAGCGCUGGGUUUGGUGAAAAUGGUGGGCAUGGGGUUGCAGCUAAAAUUCUUUAUGGAAUAAGGGCUAGAAUCAAUGUUGAAGUUUUUCACCUAGCCUGUGGCAGUACUUGAAUUUGCAAACACAUUGAAAGAAUGAAACAUUGCCAAAGAUGGUUAUUUGAAGGAUUAAGAAUUUCCCCCAGUUUGGGGCACAUUCCAUUUUUGCAUUGCUUCAUAAACUUGCAAAUCCCAUUUGACCAGUGACUAUCUUGGGACAAAAUAAUGAAUAUAUGUAAUCCUUGGGCAAAUGGUAGAUUCAUCAUAAUACCCUCAAGUGUGAAAAGAGUCUUUAUAAAUUUCAGCAUACCCUGCUGGAUAUUACCAUUGAAGCCCUGAAUAACUUGGACCUGGGAUGCUGAAAGGGCUAUUUUCUUCUACACAUAUAUGCCUGGCGUCCCUUUAAAAUAUAUAUUUUAAACUAAAUUCAAACUUCUAACCAAUUCCCCCGCUGCCCCGCAAAGCAGAAACUACCGGUACUUGCAGAAACAGGGGCAAGACAAGGGAGGCAGAAAUUUAUCAAACAUUGGAGCCCCUAGCAAAGAAAAGCACAAGUCUCUCUCUCUCGUGAGCAAGGCCUAAUUUCUCUUCCCAAGGAGUCCAGGGAUUUUCCUUUGGUGUCAACUAAAAAGACGAGGGCGAUAUUGCAAAUUAAUUUGACACCUCCAAAGUCAGCUCUGCACAUCUGAAUAGCU